UGAGCGGAUCUCUUCCACGCGCUCCUAACUGUGGUGCGCGCGCCUCCGCUGGAUCGUGCCUGGUCCGUGUCUCUUGUCCCGCUGACUGCCUCUGAAACACUUUGUAGUUCAUUACUUAGAGAAAUGUGUUUCCAGCACAUGGAGGAGGUCAGUUUUAAAGUUGCUGUGUUUAAGAAGUGAGGGGGAAUAAUGCUGUGCUGAGUCACCGAGAAAUAGGUCAGGGGUCGAGGAGCGGGACGGUCAUGUGGUGUAGAAGAAGACAGAGGCACAGACAUCGGAAUGCCACAGGCUGUCUCGCUGCUGCCCUUCCUGCUGGUGCUCAUGGGAUAUGCUUUUGCAGGGCUCAAUAUAUGGCCUUCCUUCCACGUUGCUCUUAGCAACUCCGGCGUUUUUGUGGACUUCAGCACAAAAUCCAACACCAGCACCAUCCGCAGCACGAGCCUCUCUUUGGUCAAUACAGAAACCAACACCACCCUCCAGACCAGGACUCUCCCCAGCAGCCAAUUGUCCGGUCGGGUGGAGUUCAACUGCUCCUGCUUCCUGUACGCAGGAACUUUCCGCUUCCUGCUGAGACAGACCAGCAUCAGUGCUGCUGCAUCUCAUGAUAAUGCCACAGAGGCGAGCAGCACGGAGAGCACUGCCUGGUGGUGGAGUUCAGAACUGCGGGUGCAGUGGCCCACCUUUCACAUCGCUGUGGAGAGGGCUGGAAACCACUCAGGAUCUUUUAAGGUUGGGAUGUCAACAAAUGACCACUUCCAGUUCUGCUCCAGCGGCAUCGACUCUGCUCUUUUCCUAGAGGUCAGCUACAUGGAGUACAACCAGAUAGGUCGCAACAACAUUGACAAGGUCCGAGUACGCACACAACACCCAAUCAAACCCCUCCGCUCCCAGAGUGUUCCGCUGUCCUGCGCCUUCCCCUUCACCGAAAGAGACUUCAUACGAGUGGCUCUCCGGUCUCCUCACGCAGCACAGGAUGUGAAGAGCUCUGGACCCCUAUACCUGUCCCGUAUCUUCUCCUAUAAGCUGCUGGUGGAGAACAGCAAUGCGUUUAGGAGUGGUUGUGAAGGGACUAUGACUGUAAAACUGAUCACCCCACCUUGUGCGCUCAUCCACGGGACGGUGACGCUGUACAAGGAUGCAGGUGCUGGGAGAGGGGUUUCUGUUUCUUCUGGUUCUGGAGCAGGUGGGACAGCACUGAUGGGGUUUGGACCUGAGGAUCCCUCGUCUACUCCGUUGGCCUUUAACUUGCUGACUCAGGGAGAGAAUGAGACGGAAUUUAACUGUUCUGUGUUCGACCCAGGAAGGAACAAGUACUGCUUUCGCUUUGUUUUCAACUACAGUCGCUCUCCUAGUCCUGCACAGACCUGUUUGGUGGUUCACAGGAGAGCUGAGUCAUGGGGUCCGUGGCAGCCGUGGAGUUUGUGCAGUGUGAGCUGUGGAGAGGGCGUGAGGGAGCGAGGGCGUGAGUGUUUGCUGCCCUCAGGUGUUGGAGGGAUGCAGUGCACCGGCAUGGUGAAAGAGCAGUCUCUCUGCUCACUGGAGGACUGUGCAGUUUUGCCCAUCCCUUCUCCAUCCCUACCUGUACCCGUCGGGGUAGCACCCCUGGGUGGUAACAUGGUUGUGGUGGUUGGUAUCUCCCUCUGCCUGGCGGUGAUUUUUGCAACUAUAGUGGUGACUGUGUGGAGAAAAUUUUGCCAGACCCCUCAGUGCAGCUCUGUCCGCAGAGGCUCCAUGCACUCCCCUGGAGGACGUAAGCUAUCUGAUGAGGCCUCCAUAUGUGGCCACAGUCUCCAAAGACCAAGCUUGUCCGAUGGCCAUGGGCCACUGGGGGGCCUGGGAGUUGUUGUAACCCAGAAAGACACUCCUGUCCUGGGCGGUCAGCCUCUCACACAGACCCUGGUGAUACCAAUCCAACAGGACCCAGAAAGACUUUCCCCUUCAGGUCAAAAGUUGUUGCCGCCAAUAUUUGGGUAUCGACUGGCUCAGUAUCAGCUGAAAGAGAUGAAAAAGAAGGGGUUAAGGGAGGCCACACAGCUGUAUCAUGUUUCAUCCAGCCCUGUUCAUGACACCUUGGCAGAGACAUCUGCUUCACCCACCGCUUCUCCCAUCCCUACACCAACAGGAUUUGUUCAUUCCACACUCCCACUGAACCUCCAGGAUGAUACCACACAAAAUAAUUUCAGGAUUGCAUCUCCCUUUUCUGAGCAGUCACUGCAGAAUUCAAGGGUCACACCGGACAGGUUAAGUCCCAAAGUGGAGCUGGUCUUAGGUCACCAUGUUUCUGCUAAUAAGAAUGGAGGAAGCUCAAAAUGGCGUGAUCGCACUGCAGACUGGGUGGAGAUGGUGGAGAGGAGUGGGUUGGCAGGAUUCAGAGGAGGUGGAGGAGGAGGAGAUGGAGGGGUAGGAAACCAUAAGAAUCCAAAUUUCCGCCGAACCUCCAGUUUUAAUGACAUGAAACCUCAGCUUCCACCAUCUGCACAAUCCAGACAGUUCAGAGAAAGGAGUAUGACCCAGGUGGGAUCUCGGACCCUCCCUGAAGGAAGUUGCUGGACCAGAGUAGGACGAGAGAGGCAGCCAUACCUCUCUUACCCCAUUCCAGAGCAUGAGGCCUCAGACUGCUCCCAAUCCAGACCCCAGAGAGAUGACAAGAGGAAGCCCUGGAUGGAGACAGCUGUUCCUUCUCAUAACAAUGAACUCAAACACACAGGAACCAACACAAGCAGCAUUUCAGCAUAUGCAAAACAUCCUAAAACAGACCCAAGCAGCACUGCAGAGAGGCAGAGGAGUGCAGGGAUGGUAGCCAGGGAGGGAAUCUCAGGGAUUGGAGGCCCCCUGAGCAUGGAUCCUGCCGAGCGGGCCGAGCUGAACUGGAACCGCCGUGGGCCAUCGCCUAUCCAGAGGAACAUCUUGGCACGGAAAUUAAAGGAGGCUCAGUCCAGCUCUGCGGUGAAAGGACGACAGCGCAGCUCUACCUUUAGUGUAUCGACCCCAGAGCAGAGGACAGGCCGCUGCCGCUCUAUGCCAAUGUCUGGAGAUUACACCAGCUGUGGGGGCUCCCCCUACAGGCUGAGUGAGGCAGAGCAGAGGAUGCUGGACCUGGACCUGUCAUCAACGUAUGUCAGGGAGGAAGAUUAGGCCACAUACUCUGUAGAAUUAUUGCACUUGCAGUUCAUGCAAUAAAUCCUCUUGGGUAUAUCUGUGACUUUAACCUAAUCCAAACACACACAUCUGUUUAGGUUUGUUAGAUAUAUAGCAAGUAUGCUUAUUUUAACAGAGUGUUUUUUUAAGAUAUUUAAGCUCAAAACAUUUUUUCAAGCUGUUUUUAUUUUUGUAUUUCAAAAUUGCAUUAAAAGAGAACAUUUGUCUUGGUCAGUAUUAGUAUUCUUAGGAUAUUUCUUUGGGUUUCUACCUGUAUUCAACAUAAUAAGUCAUCAAUUUAACCAUUACUUUAUGCACUGUCAGAAACAAGCCCUAUUAAUGACAGUAAUUUAUACAGCAGAAGAGAGGUGAAUCUAAUACCCUAUGCUGAUUCUAUCAUGCUGUAAACCCCAUUCUACCAACAUGUACCAAGAUAAGAACGACUCUCACUGUUGGAUGCUGUUUGUUUAUUUGUUUGAGUAAUGUCAUACAUGUAAAGAAUGAAAUUCUUACUGGAAAGCUGGGGAUAAUAGUUCUAUCUGCACAUUUUGUCAGUUAAAAAUCAUAUAGAUGAUAUGAUAGAAAUUAAAAUACAAAGAAUAUAAACGUGACAUUC